AUGCCAGACCAUCCCCUUCCUCCGGCGGCGUACGCCGAGCGCGCGAAGCCCGCGGACGUAGCGCCUGUGCGCCGCGCCGUGGCGUCGCGCAGCGCAAUUGCUAUGGCGGACCUCACGCCGAACAACGUGGGGCAGCUGCGCAUGCUCAACACAAAACUCUUUCCAAUUCCCUACUCGAACCAGGUCUACGAGCAGGUGCUCGAGGAGGACAUGCGCCCGGUGUGCAAGCUCGGCCUCUUUAACGAUAUCCCGGUGGGCAACGUGUGCUGCCGUGUAGAAGACGGCAGGGACAGCGCGCACUGCAAGGUGUACAUCAUGACACUUGGCGUCCUCGCGCCGUACCGCCGCCUGGGCGUCGCCUCGGCGCUCCUCCAGCAGGUGCUCGACCAUGCCGCGCCGGGCAUGCAGUUUGCGGGGCGCCGCGUCGAGGCCGUCUACCUGCAUGUGCAGGUCGGCAAUGAGAGCGCGCGCGCGUUCUACGAAAAGGCAGGCUUUGCCGUGGUCGGCACGGUAGAAAACUACUACCACAAGCUCGAGCAGUCGAGCGCGUGGGUGCUCGAAAAGAAGGAAUAG